AUGUCUUUGGCACUUCGCAGCAGUCUCCGUCUAGCAGCUCUGCGUAGCCAAUUUCGUCCUUCUACUAUCUCUAUCGCCCGCCCUGUAUCAUUCUCACCAAUCCGCAACAUGUCCGUCCCCACCACCAUGAAGGCCGUCGUGGUCGAGCAGACCGGUGGGCCCGAGGUUCUGCAAUACAAGACCUCCUACCCCGUGCCAACGCCCAAGGAAGGCCAGCUGCUCAUUCGCAACAAUAUCUCUGGUGUGAACUACAUCGACACAUACUUCCGCACUGGACUAUACGCUUCGCCUAAGCCUGAGAUCUUGGGUCGUGAGGGCGCCGGUACAGUCGUCGCGCUGGGCCCCAAUACCUCGGGCUUCGAGAUCGGUGACCGUGUUGCUUGGCUGGCUACCGGUGGAUAUGCGGAGUACACUGCUGCGCCGGCUGAGAAGACUGUCAAGAUUCCCGAGGGUGUGAGCGAUGAGGACAUCAUGGCUUCGUUCCUGAGCGGAUUGACUACUCUCGCCUUUGCGACGGAGACUUAUGCUGUGCAGAAGGGCGAUUGGGUGCUUGUGCAUGCUGCUGCCGGCGGUGCCGGAUUCCUCUUGACUCAGAUCCUGAAAAACAUCGGCGCAAAGGUCAUUGGUACUGCCGGUGGUCCAGAAAAGUGUGCACUUGUUAAGAGCCUCGGCGCUGAUGUGGUCAUUGAUUACCGCAGCGAAGAGGGCAAGGGCUGGGUCAAGUUGGUGAAGGAGGCUACUGGCGGCCGUGGUGUCGAUGUUGUCUACGACUCUGUUGGCAAGGAUACUUGGGAAGGCAGCUUGGAGGCUGUUAAGCGCAAGGGUACUAUUAUCUGGUUCGGUAAUGCCAGUGGUCCGGUGCCUCCCAUUGCUCUCCCUAAACUCUCGCCCAAGUGUGUUAAGAUUGCUCGCCCUACCCUCUUCGGCUACAUCGAGACCCGCGAGGAGUUCGAGUUCUACACCAACAAGCUUUUCAGCAUGCUCCAGUCUGGUGCGCUCAAGGUUAAGAUUCACAAGGUCUACCCGCUUGAGGAUAUUGCUCAGGUUCACAACGACCUUGAGGGCCGUAAGACUACCGGGAAGCCCCUCCUGAAGCCUUGA